UACGAUAUUAAUCUUUUCUUUCUCCACCCUAGGAAUGGACAGCUUGCGAAAAGCAUGAAAACCCUAUGAACCCCUGGAGGAUUAUACAUUAACAUUCCAAUACAUGAAUUCAAAUACCAUACUCAUGAUUUCAAAAUUUUAGGACACUCUUGCACGAAGUACAGCACUCACACAGAAGCCUAAAGGAAUAUGAUACCCCUGCAACAAAGCAUCCCAACUCCUGCAAGCCACGCUUGGAGAGCACCCUUCCUGAUACUCAUCACCCUUCCUUUAUUGAUUGAACCAUCCAAACUUUCCCUGAGAAACCUCAACGAAGACCCCAUUUUAUUUUUAAAAUAUGGAAAUUGUAAAAUUCAAACUGGAAAUUUAAAAAUUGUACACCCCAUUAAUCUAACAACGAUACAAGAAUCUAUCGAUUACUUGACUUCAUCCUUUUAUACAAGAGUAGAUAGCAGAAACCCUUUAGGAGGCAUAGUCAAACACAAGAUAAAAGCAUUGUACAACAACUUUCUUCAAAUAAAACCAUCAGAACAUCAUAGAGCAAAAAGAUGGGAUUCGUUGGGAAGUGGUUGGAAAUGGCUGGCCGGAUCACCAGAUGCACAAGAUCUUCAUAUCAUCAAUUCUACAAUGAAUGAAUUAAUAACCCAGAAUAAUCAGCAAGUUAAUAUAAAUAACCGCAUCAAUGCAAGAAUUUCGGAGCUGACCAGCAGCAUUAACAAAAUUAUCAACAGCAUGAAAGCGAACGAGCUAGCAAAUGAGAUCUCGGCUAUCAUUACAAUAAUAAAUAUUGAUAUCAUCAACAAACUCCUAGAAGACAUACAAGACGCCAUCAUCCUAUACCAAACAGCUACAAUCGCCAACAGAACCAGAUGUCGAGUUCAAUUCAAAGGACCGAGACGAUCCUCACUUGAGGAGGGAGAAGUUAUCGAACACCCAUCGAACCACGAUAAUCCUUCCACCGAGCUACUACGCAAUAAGCUGCAAAUUAUACAACAACAACAACAACAAAUAGCCCUUGCACUGGGCACCGUCAAUGCAUUGCCGUCAGCCGCCGAUACCAACAGCAACAUCAACAACAACACAUGUGCACCUUAA